CAUCAAGUAAAGCAGCACGCUGAAACUUUGGUCACUAACUUCGUAGAGACAAGCGGGCUGCGAAGGCGCUCGGUGAACGGAACAUGUCCCCUGCACCAGCAGAUGAGUUGAGCUACAAACCCCUGGAUGGUGGUUGGGGCUGGAUGGUAGUAUUUGGGGCCCAUAUUUCCAUUGGAUUUGCCUACUCCACGCCGAAAGUCCUGUCCAUUUUCUUCAAAUCGAUCCAAGACCACUUAGGGGCUAGCUACAGUGACAUAGCAUGGAUUUCCUCAAUCAUGCUAGCUGCCAUGUAUGCAGGCGGACCUGUGAGCAGUGUGUUGGUCAAUUGCUUUGGAAGCCGGCCAAUAGUAAUACUGGGUGGACUGAUGUGUGGGGUCUCUAUGGUAACUGCUUCUUUUGGGAACUCCAUCAUUUACAUCUACUUUUUCAUUGGCGUCAUUGGAGGUUGUGGACUCUCCUUGAAUCUAAAUGCAUCACUCACCAUCAUCAGCAAGUAUUUCCUGUCCAAGCGUCCCUUAGCCAACGGAUUAGCCAUGGCCGGGAGUCCAGUGUUUCUAUGUUUCCUGGCCCCUUUAAACCAAUAUUUACUGGACAAGUUUGGCUGGAGAGGAAGUCUGCUCAUCCUCGGGGGUCUGAUGCUCAAUUGCUGUGUUGCUGGGGCCUUGAUGAGACCUGUUACCCCACCUUGUAAGCAAUCCUCUUGUGUACCACAGAAGAUGGUGGAAGAACAGCCAAAUAAGCGCGACACUAAGUUACAAGGGAGCUGUAUGACGAAUGCUAAGAAGUUCUUGGAUCUUUCCCUCUUCAAGGAUAGAGGCUUCGUCAUUUACCUCAUAGGAAAUAUGAUGUUCAUCUUUGGUGCCUACGCGCCCAUUAUGUUCCUGCCAGCCUAUGCUAUUACCCAGGGUGUCGACGAGUACUCCGCAGCAUAUCUGCUCUCUAUCAUGGGCUUUGUGGAUAUGUUUGUUCGCCCUGGCACAGGCCUGGUAGUCAGCAGCAAGUGGAUCAGGCCCAGAAUCCAGUACUUUUUCAGCUUUGCUAUGGUUUUCAACGGUACAUGCCACUUACUGUGCCCACUGCUGAAGAGCCAUGUCCUCCUGGUGGCCUAUGCAGUAUUUUUCGGCAUUGGUUUUGGCAUGGUUUUCGCCCUGAUAUUUGAAUGCCUGAUGGACCUGAUGGGAAAUCAACGCUUCCCCAGUGCUGUGGGACUGGUCACCAUCAUCGAGUGCUUCCCCAUGCUACUGGGACCGCCUACUGCAGGGUUACUGGUGGACAUCUUUGGUGACUACAAGUACCUUUUCUUCUUGUGUGGCUCAGUGAUUGUGGCUGGUGGACUUUUUCUCUUUGUCAUGAACAUCUACAACUACCACAUGCUGGAAAAAGAGAAGACAGCAAAGGACAGACAGCACAACCAAAAAACCAUAGAGAACCAGAACCAGGUGAACAUCUCAGAUGCAGAGAUGAAAGACACUGCUGAGGCAGCAAUGGAAAUAAGUGAGCCUGAGUUUAAAGUUAAGAAUGGAGCCCAGCAGGAUCCAUGACCGGAAAACGCAGUAACACCAAAUUAAAUAUGAUACCUCUAUUUAGCAUGGAUGUUAGGGGCACAUGUUAGGUGUGUUUGUGUUAAGAUAACACAAUGACUAAUUCCAUCCUUCUCACACUCUCAUAUAUCCAUUGUUUAAUUUGUUAAGUUAAACAACAAUCAUUUUGAUAUUUGAUUAACCAUUUAAGUAAUUUAACAACGAAAUGGGACUAAGAGUCAACAGGCAUGUUAGCCGGUCCGUGAGAUUGUACUUAAGUACAGAGGAGCUUUGAGCUCAGUGCCAACAUCAGGAUACUAACUUGCUUACGAUGACAAUGCUAGUAUGCUAAUGUUUAGUAGGUUUAAUGUUCAACAUGCUCACCAUCUUAGUUUAGCAUGUUAGCAUGCUAGCAUUUCCUAAUUAGAAAUAAACACAAAGCACAGCUGAGGAUUAUCGGAACUUUACAGAUAUCAAGUCAUAAACAUCAAAUUAAAAUUUUGACCCGAUGAUGGCGCUCGUUGAUAAGUUAAUUGAUCACCAAAGUUAGUACUAGUGACUGUAUAUAAAGAUAGACGACAUGUCUCCACUUCCCCCUACAAAAUGGAGCCAAAAAAUCCUGGAUACGGGUACUGCCAUCUUGUGCUGGUAACAUAAUUUGGGGCGGCAGGUUGAGCCACCUAUACACCCUGCUGACUCAAUCGCAAGCACACACACAACUGUCAAUCAGAAAAAUUAACACUUGAACAUACACCAGCGUAAUAAGAACUAACUAAAAUGACAGAAACCAUCUCUUGGAAAAAUUUAUUUGACGUGUACUUUGAUUUUUUAGUUUGGCCCAUGUCCCAUCCGCUAACAUGGAGGGGCGGGGUUUAUGACCUAUACUGUAGCCAGCCACAAGGGGGCGAUAGAGAUGUUUUGGCUUUACUUUCGGGUAGCUGUCAUGUCAUCCAUAUUUAUAGACAAUUAUCAUUCAUGUACACUUCAUCCUUACGUGGACAUGAAUGUGAUAAUAAAUUUAAUGGCAAUCCAUCAAAAUUUUUCGAAACAUUUCACUCUGACCCAGAAAUGUGAACCUGAUGGCAGCGCUAGAGGAAAAGUCCAGGGAUCAGCAAAUUGAUUGGGGUUUAUCCUCCUGGGCAGCAUUGAUAUUUUUGGGAAAUUUUAUGGUAAUCUAAUAAACAGAUGUUAAGAUAUUGCGACACAACACUCCACUCAUCCUUUUGAGGGUCGUGGGGGGGGGGCAAUCCCAGCUGACAUUGUACGAGAGGCAGGGUAUACCCUGUACAGGUUGCCAUACAUCAGCCUCACGCGAGUGCCAGAGGAAAAGCCGGGGGUGGAUCACAAAAGUCAGUAGGAUUCAUCCUUUGAGGAACAUGAGUAUGUGUACUAAAAUUUCAUGGCAAUCCAUCUGAUAGUCAUUGAAAUAAUUAAGUCUGGACCAAGUGGGAGACCGAGCAACAUUACAAUCCCUAGAGCCAUGCUGGCUAAAAACGCCAAAUAUUUGCUGAUUCCAGCUUCUUUUCUCAUUUUUAAAUCAUUGUAAAUUAUUGUCUUUUGGUUUUGGACUAUUGGUUUGAGAAAAAAAAAAAACAAUUUCAAGACUUUGGCUCAGGGAAAAUCCGAUUUUUCACAACAUUUUUCACCAUUUUCUGUCUUAUAGAUUAAAGAAUAGUUGCAGCUUCAAUUCAAUUAACGAUCCAUCCAAUAUGUCAGUUUGUUUGUUUGCCCCCUAGAGGUCGUUGGAAGGAAGGGCAGUGUGUGGAGAUGACACAAUGAUUCAGGUUCUACUCUUUAAUACUGCUGGACAUGUACAUGUGCUUUCUACCUGUGAUGUGUUUUCGACUUUGG